GAGCGCUAUCAGGAGGUUGAAGUCUCUAAGAUAGCUGAGGCCCUCACCCAGUUCUUCAGGAAGCUACGACGCCAGUCGAAUCAGACGGUGAGGGAGUUCAACUCUGCCUUUGACCGGGCAUAUGCCCGACUCCUCGAGAUCGAUUGCAAGUUGCCGGAGGUGGCCAAGGCUUGGGUGUACCUGAGUGCCCUUAACCUGUCUAACUCCGAGGAACUCUCCCUCCUAGCAUCCGUCAACAACGAGUAUGUGACUUCCAAGCUACAGAAGGCGGCCACCCUCCACGAGAAGAGCCUACAGGUACCAUGGCGACGGUGGAACCCGAAUGGCCCACCCCAAGGUGGAGGAGAUCGUGGUCGUCCUACGCGAGGAGCCUACCUGACGGAAGUGCCCGAGGCUGGAGACGAGGACUACCCCGACGGCGACUCCGCGAUCCCCGAAGAGGAGGCAGCAGAACUUCACGAAGCCUUCAUGGCACAGGAGGCGGCUAAGAGCCGUUACAGGGAGAUCUCCCGUGCGCGAGGAUUCGGACAAGGCGGUGAUGGACGCGAGGACGGCAAGAGCGCUUCCGAGCGCCUGCAACUCGCCAAGGCGAGGAGCUACUGCGCGGGGUGCAAAAGGCGUGGCCAUUGGCAUCGAGACCCAGAAUGUCCAUUGAAUGGAGGCAAGGCCCCACCUUCAGGAGAUGCGGGAGCUGGCAAGAAAGCGGAUACUACCAAGGAUGCCUAUGUGGUCCACGUUGCCUACGAGGUCGGUGACUGGGGCGAGGGGCUGUAUGCUAUCACGGACUCGGCCUGCAGCCGCACUGUCGCCGGCGAAGGGUGGCUCCAGCAGUACCUCGAGGCCACCCGGAAGUAUGGGACCCGUGAACAGCUUCUUCCUUGUUCUGAGGACUUCAGGUUCGGGGCUAGUAAGUUGUUCCACGCCAACUACACGGCCACCAUCUACGUCGAGAUCAACGGCAAGGGUUUUUGGGUUCGUGCGGCUAUCGUGGCGGGAGAUGUUCCCCUCCUACUCAGCCGAUCUCUGCUUGCUACCCUGGGAAUGGUGUUUGACCUCGAGAGGCACCGAGCAAGCUUCAAGAACCUCGGGGUUGACGACAUCAAACUCCACUGCACGGUCACUGGACACCCGGCUGUAGCAGUGAAUCCCAAAGGCGCCGCUAAUUUGUCGUGUCCGACCCCCCAACAGUGGGGAUCCCAGGAGGUGAUCAUGAUUGAGCCGACCAGGCAGCAAUACACGGUGUUCAUGGCGUGCGCGAGUGAUUCUUGUCAGGAUGCCCCUCUAGGUCACGAUCAUGGUCGUCAGCAAGCCUCCAAUCUACCAGUUCUCUUCCCAAAGAAGAUUAACGACGUAAUUCACAACAUCCUCACUGCAGAUGUGCUGAGUGUUUCAUCGUUUUGUACCUGGUGGAAACAAACUCGUCAAAGUAACGACUUCUGGAUCGAAACCCCCAAGGCCUUCUACCGGAUACAUAUCGUCCCAAGAAGAGCGUUCUUCUAUCCCGAUAAGUGGAGCCUGCUCAUGACAUGUGGCAACACGGAGCACCUCUUUCUCACGAUGUUCUUUGGAUCGGAAGAAGUGUGUUUGCCCGACGACCUUCCCACCUGCCUCGUUCGCUUGAUGGCAUCCGCCUCCAAGAGCAUAUGGGACAUGAACAAGGCCGAGUUGAUCGCGGCAGCCUCCGAAGUGGGGCUGGUGUACCACUCGUCUUGGACCACGGGGGAGCUUCGGUCUCUACUACAGGAGCAUCGGCAGGCUCACAAGGAGGAGAAUCCAGUGAAGGGGCUAUCGUCGCUCAAUGUGGUGGCACUUCGCGAGAAAGCCGGGAACUUGGGCAUCAUCUUGCCACCGAGAGCGACCAAGGGAAUGAUCCUCCGAAUGAUCCGCGACCAGCAGAACCCACCCGGGAAGCAGGUCGUGUCCUUCGGCCGCUACAAGAACUACCUCUUCGACGAAGUGCCUCGGGGAUAUCUGGAGUGGAGUAUUCGCGAGACCAAGAACAACGAGAAUGCCUCCGAGGACCUGCGACACCUCGCGAACUUCGCCAAGAACAAGCUCUUCCCGGAGGAGGAACAGGAAGCUCCAGACCCCGAGGUGAAUGCCACGAUUCCGUACUACGAGGACGAGGAGAGGAGCUCAACGUCAUCCAGAACCACCUGGUCGAUGGUGAAGGAGAGUGCGAGGGGCUACUCCAGUCAGACACCGGUGACUCCACCGGCGGCGAAAGCCAAGGCGAAGAUCGCACCCAAGAACCUGGUGCGGAAGAUUCCCGAGGAGGAGAGCCGACCAGUACAACAUCAGGGAGGGCAACAACUGAGCGACCCUGGCGCGAUCACCUACGCGAACGAGGCCCCCGACGACAAGGAAGCCUUCUACGACUGCUUCGAGGAGAGCUGCGAGAACGACCCUUGGCCAGAGGCUCAAGUUCUCGAAGGGCUAGCAAAGGAAGCCCGGAAGAACAAGGACUACCACGAGGAGACCAUUGUCAAGGUGAUCAAGGGGCUGGCGCGCUUUGGAGAAGGAGACCGCCAUCGACAGGCUGUCCCUACAGGUGGACACAUCGUGGUGCUCGGGGCAUACUCGUAUGGUGCUUUCCACGGUGUCAACCAGAGGACAAUGAAGUUUCCUCAGUGUGCCCUCUACCUCAACGCUUGGGCAAAGGCCAAGGGAUUUCGGGGACCGUGGACAUCCAUCUCGGUCGCGGUCAAUGUUGGUCACCUUCUUCAUCGUGACCCUAACAAUCUUCCCGGCAGUGCCAACCAGACCAUUGCCGUCGGCAACUUCAGCGGAGGCCGGCUGUGGUUGGAAAAGAGCAAUGAGGAUUGGGCCGCGGACCACUACGAGGACCACGACGGCGAGGACCACGAGAUCUUCACCAAGGAGGGCAAGAAGAUGGACGGUGCCUACGUUUCGACGAAGGGGCACGUUCGUGCCUUCAAUCCGAAGCGGCGACACUUCGUUGAAGACUGGCGUGGAGAAAGGAGGAUUUCUUGCGAAGCCUUGGUUUCCCUCGACACGGAGAUCCACUACGAGUCCUGGCCCGCGCAACCCCCGGUCCCGAGGCAAGUGCGCUACUGGCCACGACCAUCGCGGCGAGUUCCAGCUACGGCGCCGAGGUCGGCCUAUGUGAAGUCCAUCUAUGCCGCGGAGCUCGACGUCAACAUCGCCGAGCCGAUCGACCCUGGUUUCCUCUUUGCAAAAGGAGGACUGGAGCGCGCCCUCGAACACGUCGAGAACUGCUCUCCAAGGGUCGUGUGGUACCACUUCGAUCGCAACCAAAAGGACCUAGACUACCUGGAGAAGAUCGGAGAGGUGCAGCUACGAGAGGGGAGAAAGCUUGUUAUCGAAACGAAUUUGUCUCCCGGAACGGCUGGCUACGACCACAUCACAAACCUCUUCCAGAAGUUCUUUGUCAAGGCCAUCCCCAGUGGAUACAAGUACGAGGUACACGUGACCAACUUCGUCAACGCCCCGGAUGCCCACGAAGCGUGGGCCGUUGAUGGCGGCCCCCAGCAGCUACCGACAGAUGAACCAUCCGGAGCAUCAGCUAUCACCUUCACAGGUUCGGUCUCGGCCCCGAUUCGCGGAGCCCUUACCCGACUGCAUCAGAAUUUGGGGCACCCUUCAGUCUCCGACCUGACGCGACACCUACGCUUUGCGGGAGCCGACGACAAGGUGAUAGCCGCUUGCAAAGGGAUGAGAUGCCAAACUUGCGACCGGACCAAAAAGGUUGCAGCACCGAGGCCGGCAAGCCUCCCAUCCUUCCUGGAUUUCAAUGCGCUGGUCAGUGUGGAUGUUUUCCACGUUUUCGAUGCUCACCGAAAACGCCACGAGCUCUUGUCGAUCAUUGACCAUGCUACGACGUACCACCUUGUGGCCGUUCUACCCGGGCACUCCAACGAGGCCUUUGAGAAGGGGUUCGUCGAGCUAUGGGGAAGAACUUUUGGGGCUCCAAGAGUCAUUGCUGCUGACUUGGAGUCUGGGCUCCAGAAAGGUCUCGGUAGAUACACAGAUUUCACCGGGACCAAGCUACGCAGCAAAGCCGGCCAGGCCCAUUGGCAGCAAGGCGUGAUAGAACGGCAUGGUGGGUGGUACAAGGAGAUCCUCAACCGGGUGAUCGACGAGCACACCGUCUACGGGGAGGACAUUCACCUCGCCGUGGCCGCAGUCAAUGCGGCGAAAAAUGAACUUCGCCGCAAACAUGGCUUCUCGCCGGCCCAAGCCGUUUUCGGGAAAGACCCUGCUUGCCCAGAGGAGCUGCUGAGUGGCCGGGAUGAAGAACGAUAUCUCGAACUCAUGACCGAGGACCGGAAGAGGCAGAAGGAGAUCGCGAUCCGGAAUGCAGCCAAGGCGGCAUUCUUCAGAACGCAGGUCGACAACAAGUUCCGUCGAUCUCUACUACAACGUGCCCGGGUGAAGCACGGUGCCUACGCUGUCGGACAGAUGGUCUGUUUCUUUCGCAUCGAGAAGGUGGCCACAAAGAGGGGGCAAUGGCGGGGCCCAGGACUUAUCCUGGGGAGCGAGAGCGGCAACUGGUGGAUCAGCCACGGCGGGCGGUGUUACCUCACCGCCGAAGAACACAUGCGACCCGCGACGGCCGAAGAGAUCGGGGACCUCAUGAACUCGCGAGUUGCCCGCGCAGACCUGGAGAAGCUGUUGGCCGGAGACCAAGACGAUCCGAACAACUACAAUCCCGAAGAGGAUGGCGAUGGCGGGGACAACGUGGAUAUCAACGUGGACGCCGAGGACAUGGACAUGGACCUACAGCCCGAGGAGCCCGAGCAGGACGACCGCGCGGUUCCACCUCAGGACCCGCCUUCCUACGGACCAGUGCGACAACGGGCCAGAACAAAGAAGCCGCAACCCCACUCCGUCAACAUCCUCAAGAAGUGCCUCACUGAGCGAUCAAGGGAGAAGCAAUACGAGAAAGAAAUUCCAUGGGCUAUGGUGCCACCGGAACAACACGCAGCCUUCAAACAAGCCGAGCGAAAGCAGCUCCAGGAGCACUACGACCUGAACGCCUUCACGCCGUUGACAAAGGAACAGAGCGACCAGGUCUAUGCAGAAACGCCCCGGGACCGGAUCUUAUCCAGUCGCUGGGCGUAUCGUGACAAAAACUGGAGCCGGAGACGCCAGGACGCCUCGGUGGAAUGGCGCCCGAAGGCUCGACUCGUCGUCGGAGGACAUCUCGAUCCUGAUAUAGGAGAAGUGAAGACGGACGCCCCGACGAUCAGCAGACUGGGUCUGCUCACGAUCCUACAGAUCGUGGCUUCUCAUCAGCGAGACGAGAAGCCAUGGACAGCUUCGGCCGGCGAUGUGUCGGCCGCCUUCCUCAACGGGCAGCCGAUCAAGAGACUGCUCUACAUGAAGCAGUCUGAAGCAGCCCAAGACCGGAUUCCCAGACAUGGAGCCCGGA